CGAAACUUUGCACAAUUGGGAGGUCACACUUAUAGAGGUCAGAGAACUCUGAGGAGAAGUGCACGUACAGGGCACCAGGGUUUUGCUCUCGUUUCCAGAUCCUCGACCGUCGUCCCUCUCUCUCUCUCUCUCUGGUGGGAGAGCGAGAAGGGAGUUGAAUGGCACUCUGUUGUUUAAGGGACCCAGAAGCUUUAAGGAUUUUCAAAACCAGCAGAUUGCGCCUGGUUGAUCAGCUAAGGCGUCAGAGAGUCGGGGUCCGAGCUUCCUCUGGAAAUUUUCCAAGCAUGGCUGCCCAGACAGGCCUCGGGAAGGAGCCGGGGAAAGUUCAGAUUUACCCCGAUAAGACGCGGGAGAUUUCGAACUACUGGCGAGACAAGUACGAAAAGGACGCCAAGAAGUACUGGGACAUAUUUUAUAAGAGAAACGAGAAUCGGUUUUUCAAAGAUCGUCACUACCUUGACAAGGAGUGGGGGAAAUAUUUCAACAGCAUGGGUAUCGAUGCAGGUUCUGCCAUCGCGGAUUCUGGGUCUGUUUCUGUCCAACACAGGCGAACCGUUUUGGAGGUUGGUUGCGGAACGGGAAAUACUGUGUUUCCUCUUACUGCUCAGUAUCCAGACUUAUUUGUCUAUGCAUGUGAUUUUUCUCCCCGAGCAGUGGAUCUUGUGAAGGCCCAUGAAGAUUUCACCGAAAGUAGGGUGAAGGCAUUCGUCUGUGAUGCUACUUCUGACUCUUUGGUCGAGACCAUUUCUCCGGCAUCAGUAGAUGUUGUCACUUUGGUUUUUAUGCUCUCUGCAGUUGGACCCGAUAAAAUGCCAGCCGUAGUACGCAACGUGAAGUCCGUUCUCAAGCCUGGUGGGCACAUAUUGCUUCGCGACUAUGCUGUGGGUGACCUUGCACAGGAGAGACUCAUGACCAAGGACCAAAUGAUAAGCGAAAACUUUUAUGUUCGAGGAGAUGGCACGCGCGCAUACUAUUUCUCAGAAGAAGGUCUGAAGAAACUAUUUGCAGAUGAAGGACUUGAAUGCAAGGAGAUGGUCGUGCACAAUCGGCAGUUGGAAAAUCGAGCCCGGAAGAUUAAAAUGGAUAGGCGGUGGAUCCAGAGUGUUUUUUACUUGCCGGAAGAGCGGAUGCCAACAGCAGGCAUUGAGUCACAAGUAGCUAGAGUUUCUGCCCCUCAAAAGUCACCCACGAUCUCUGAAUCUGGUCAUGUGAGAUCAUCUGCAGAGAGCGCAUCAGCAUGUCCCGAGAAUGGCACUUCUCACGAAGCAACAGAGGCCCUUGUUUCUAAGGAUCUUCACGAGGAGGAACUGAUAGUUGACCUCUCAGAAGGCGCUGCAGCCGAUUUGUUUGGUGGACCCCCUUCCCCUGAGCCAUUCGAAGUUGUGGUUGGAAAGCACACGGUGCACGCUCUUUGCCUGAAUGCUGAGAACCAGCACACUUUUGCGGCAACAGGCUUCAUGCUUUGGGAGUCAGCUUUGGCUCUAGCGACGUUGUUGGCCGUGAACCCCUCCUUUUUACGGGGGAAGACAAUACUUGAGGUAGGUUGCGGAUCGAUCGGGCUCUGCUCUUUGAUCGCAUCCCUAGCUGCCGAGAAAGUGUUCGCCACCGAUGGUGAUUCUGGGACCAUGGAUCUCCUUCGAGAAAAUCUUCAUCUCAACGAGGAAAACUUUCCUGUCCAGAAGAUAGCUCCACACAAACUGUAUUGGGGCCACGCAGACGAGACAGCAGCCUUGAAAGCAUCCAAUGGCAACAGGGGCUUCGAUCUGAUAAUAGGCUCCGAUGUAACAUAUGUCGAAGCAGCAGUGCCUCUUCUUUUUGAAACGGCCAGAUCUUUGCUACGUGAAACUUCUCCGGGGGCACAAGAACCACAGUUUUUAUUGUGUCAUAGAAUUAGGGGGGUCUCGGAAUCUGAGAUUUUGUCUGCUGCCGCUGCACAUGGUUUUCGAGUAGAAGGGUUGUGGACCUCGGACGGCUACGUAGCCGGCGAAGUAGAGAGAAGAAGGCGGUCAAACAUUGAGCUCUUGUUCAAAGAAGGUCUCGAAGACAUUGCCACCAAACAUAAUUCUCUUCGACUCCUUCUGUUGACUCCCAGUAGUUAGCCAAAGUUCAUUUUUUAGUAGUAUAAUUUAUACACAAGGUGUAUUCGCUGUGUACCUGACAAGCCUUGUACCCCAUUUUUUCUCAAUUGUUUCUUGCGGUUGAGUGCUCAAUUAAAGAAGCGUCGUUAUCUCGUG